AUGAAUCAUUCUUAUCAAAAUAACAACCUGGAACAAACAGUCUAUGAGGAAAAGAAACGUAAAAAGAGGAAAUAUAAGCUAAAAGAAAGACCAAGGGGAAGACUAGAAGGAAGAAAAACCACUAGACGCUCCCAAAUAAAUAAGAAACAAGUUAAAGACAAAGGAUCUGGGUUCCCAUUUUUAGAAUCUGAGAAUGUACAAAAGCCAUUACCAUGGAGAAAGAUUUUAACCUUUGAGCAAGCGGUGGCAAGAGGAUUUUUCAACUACCUUGAAAAAUUGAAGUAUGAAUACUAUCUCAAGGAAUCCUUGAAACAAAUGAAUGUUGGUGAAGAUUUAGAAAGGGAAGAUUUUGACAGUCGUAGAUACAAAUACUUGGAUGAUGAUGGAUCUCUCUCUCCUAUCGAAGAGUCAGAAACAGUGGAAGAGGCUGCAACAACUCUUGAACAUGAUGAUGGAUGUGAUAUCAAAUUGGUGGACAAUAAUGAUUUCAUAGUAAGUUCUGAAAUACCAAAGAAAAUGAAUCUGUAUUUAGGACAAGAGAAAUAUACUGAAGCAGCUGCUUCGUCUAAAAAGAGAGCAUCAAAAUCCAAAAACAUGGGACAGAGGAUAGAAUGGUCUGAAAAGGAAGAGAUAGGAAUAUGAAUAUUAAGGCUUUUCACUUGAAAACAGUGUCUGGACUUAAAGGACAGUGACAGCUGUGGAUUGAACAAAAGUUUGUUUUAAAAGUGCUAUUUUGAAGAUCAUCACUCUGGC